AUGCCACAGCCCAAUAUAUCCUCCCCUAACGAUGAGGACACUAUCAUUGAAAAAAUCAACCGUUUGAACUUUGAAGAUUUGCAGAGUCGUGAUGCUCCGGAUGACGAUUAUUCUGACUAUUCUGACGAUUCUGACGAUUCUGAUUCUGAGGGUCCACACCAAGAAGAUAUAAAUGGUGCUCAUUUGCAUGAUCAUACGAAUGUUUUCUCCUCUGAAAGAGGCGAUAUCUUGCAAAAGUACUCCGUAUCAACUGAUUCUCAAGUCAAAACUCCCAAAAUAUUAAAGGAUAAAUCACAAAGAGCAACAAUUCAAACCGUUUUGGAUCCAAGAACCUUUAAAGCUUUAGCCAAAUAUAUUAGCAAUGAAACUUUAACCAGGAUCAAUGGUUGCAUCUCAACCGGUAAAGAAGCAAACAUAUAUUAUGCAACCAAAGAUGAAGAACCUGAACCUGAACCUGAAGAAUCAAAAAAAAAUAUAGAAAUUCAAAAUGGCUUAUCAAAAAACAAUUUGGAAAACCAAAAUCCUUCAAAGACAUCUGAUCCUUCAAAAAAAACAAUUGUAAAACACUAUGCAAUUAAAAUCUAUAAAACCUCGAUUUUGAUAUUUAAAGAUAGAGAAAGAUAUGUCAGCGGAGAAUUUAGGUUUAAAAAUUUCAAUCAAUCCAAUCCAAGGAAAAUGAUUAAAAUUUGGGCCGAAAAGGAAUUUAGAAAUUUAAAAAGAUUAAUCUUAAAUAACAUUUAUUGUCCAAAGCCACUUGAAGUUAAGAACAAUAUCCUUAUAAUGGAUCUAUUAUCUGAACAUGAUGACGGCUGGCCCUCUCCUAAAUUAAAAGACUUUAAUUUUAUUGAUAACUUUCAAAUUAAUUUUUUUUACUUCAAAGUUUUAAUCAUAUUAAGAAAAUUAUACCAAAACUGUAGAUUAAUUCAUGCUGAUUUAUCCGAAUAUAAUAUAAUAAUUCAUCGUUCAAAGAUCUAUAUAAUUGAUGUCUCUCAAUCAGUUGAGCCAAAUCACCCAAUGAGUUUAGAUUUCUUAAGAAUGGAUAUUAAAAACAUCAAUGACUUUUUUCAAUCAAAAAAGAAAAUUGACAUAAUAAUGGAAAAGAAUAUAUUUGAGUUUAUAAUCGAAGACUUAAACGACCUAAUUAUAAAAUAUCAUUCUAAUCAAAAUAAUAAUGACGAUCAUAUUAAUACUUAUAAUAAUCAAUUCCAAACCAAUUUUAAUGACAUUGAUGAUCUUGAAAUUGAUAAUAACAAUGAUGGUAAAAAUGACAGAAUACUAUUGGAAAUUUUAACUAAAUUGCCUCUUAAACUAACUGAUGAAGAUAAAUUAAAUGAUGAGGUCUUCAGAUCUACUCAUUUGAUUACAACUUUACAUGCUUUACAAGAAGAUGACGAUUUUGCUGACUUUGAAAACGGAAAAUUGACAACUUUUAAAUCUUUAAUCUCAAAAAACCCUCAACCAAGUAAAUCCACUGAAAAAAAUUCGAACGAAACUUCAACGAACAAAGAUAAAUCCAAGGAAGAUGAAUGGGAAGAAAGAAACGUACUCUUAAAAGGAAAAAAAUUUGAGGAUAAAGAUGCUAAAAAAUCUCGCAAAAAAGAAGCUAAAGAAAAAGCCAAAGAGAAAAGGAAAACUAAAAUGAAGAAAUAUGAUAAAAAAAGAGCUAUAAAGAAAACUCAAAAGAAAUAA